GAGAGGAACGGGGUCUUUCUCCGUCUUCUGGGCAGCUGAUCAACAUGGCGGCUCACAGCCGCGGCAGCGCCAGGCUCUCCUGGACCCUGCUGGGACACUGCAGAACCUCGGUACUGGUUCCGACCCGGGCCGGGCCGGGACAGCACAGGUGUGCGUCCUCCGUGCCCGCUCUCCCUGCACCGGGCACCUGGAGCACCCGGCUGUCGCGGAUGUCCCACCGGGAUCUGUACCGGCUGUCGAUCACGGAUCCGGAUCAGUUCUGGGGAUCCGCCGCCGCCGACAGACUGCGCUGGUCCGAACCGUUCCACCGGGUCCGGGACUGCGACCUCAGCACCGGGAGGAUCGCCUGGUUCCUGGGCGGCAAGAUCAACGUGUCCGUGAACUGCCUGGACGUCCACGUGGAGACGCAUCCAGACCGAGUGGCUCUGAUCUGGGAGCGGGACGAGCCUGGCACCGAGGUGAAGGUGACCUACAGAGAGCUGCUGGAGACAACCUGCCGUCUCGCCAACACCCUCAAGAGCCACGGCAUCCAAAAGGGGGACAGGGUUGCCGUCUACAUGCCGGUGUCCCCGCUGGCGGUGGCGUCCAUGUUGGCGUGCGCCCGCAUCGGGGCGGUCCACACCGUGGUGUUCGCUGGCUUCAGCUCCGAGGCCCUAGCGGGGAGGAUCCAGGACGCCCAGUGUAAAGCGGUGGUCACCUUUAACCAAGGUGUGAGGGGAGGACGGCUCAUUGACCUGAAGGCUACGGUGGACUCAGCGGUGAAAAACUGUCCAACCGUCCAACACGUGUUUGUAGCUCAGAGGACAGAAAAACCUGCUGUGAUGGGACGGCUGGACGUCCCCCUGGAGGAGGCGAUGUCCUCUCAGUCUCCCGUCUGUCCUGCGGAGCCUUUGGACAGUGAAGAUCUUUUGUUUCUUCUCUACACGUCAGGAAGUACAGGGAAACCUAAAGGCAUCAUCCACACACAGGCGGGUUACCUGUUGUACACCUCACUCACUCACCAGUACGUGUUUGACCAUCAGGACGGCGACGUGUUCGGCUGUGUGGCGGACGUGGGCUGGAUAACGGGGCACAGUUACGUGGUCUACGGCCCGCUGUGCAAUGGAGCCACCACUGUCCUGUUUGAGAGCACACCUGUUUACCCCGACGCAGGUCGGUACUGGGAGACCGUCCAGCGCCUGAAGAUCUCUCAGUUCUAUGGAGCUCCGACGGCUCUUCGUCUCCUGCUGAAGUACGAUGAGAGCUUUGUGAAGAAGUACGACCGCUCGUCUCUGAGGACGCUGGGAUCAGUGGGGGAGCCAAUUAACCACGAGGCCUGGCACUGGUUCCACAGUGUGGUUGGAGAGGGACGGUGUCCUGUAGUGGACACCUGGUGGCAGACAGAGACCGGGGGGGUCUGCAUCGCCCCGAGGCCUGCAGAGGAAGGAGCCGCCAUUGUUCCAGCUAUGGCCAUGAGGCCCUUCUUUGGGAUCCAGCCGAGUCUCCUGGGAGAGAAGGGGGAGCUUCUGUUGGGUAACGGAGUGGGCGGGGCCCUGUGCAUCAGCCAGUCGUGGCCCGGCAUGGCCCGCGGUAUCCAUGGCGACCAGCAGCGGUUCCUGGAGGCCUACUUCAAGCCGUUUCCAGGUUAUUAUUUCACCGGUGACGGGGCGCUGCGUUCGGAAGACGGUUACUACCAGAUAACCGGGCGGAUGGAUGACGUCAUCAACGUCAGCGGCCACCGGCUCGGCACGGCGGAGAUCGAGGACGCGCUGGAUGAGCAUCCAGCUGUUCCAGAAGCAGCUGUGAUUGGUUUUCCUCAUGAGAUGAAAGGAGAGGUACCGUUUGCCUUCGUGGUUUUGAAGGAGGACUUUGGAGUUGACCCCCCCCUCGUCCUCCAGCAGCUCAGAGAUCUCGUCUCCACAAAGAUCGCCAGAUACGCCGUUCCGGAGCACUUCCUGGUGGUGAAGCGGCUACCGAAGACUCGCUCCGGGAAGAUCAUGAGGCGGAUCCUCAGGAAGGUUGCCAUGGAGACCACAGGUGACCUCGGCGAUGUGUCGACCCUGGACGACCCGUCCGUUGUCAUGGAGAUCAUCGAGGCUCACAAGCAGUAUAGGAAGCAUAGGGGGGGGGAUAAGAAGAAGUACUUCCUGUCGCCGCCUGUUUAAAUGACACAGGGAGGGGGGGGGGGGGCAUUAGACGGGACCAAGCAGGUCCUCAGGUACGGGCGACAUCAUCGUUCUGCACAGCAGCAGUGGCCCAAUCUUUGUGUCUUCUGAUUCUAAGAUAUACGUCGACUUAAAGGAACAGGAGGCAGUUAGCUUAGCUUAGCUUAGCUUAGCAUAGGCGCUGGAUUUUACUAAAUUUGUGACCUUGACCUCUCACAUGACCUUUGUGUGUUCAACAUUUAAUACUAAUACGAACUUGUUUUUAUUUCAAAUGUCAAAUCCACUGUAAACCUUUUUAUAUGAAAGAAAUUCUAUGGGUUUUUUUUUUUAGACUAAAAGCUUUUUUUAUAAAUGAAAAUCUGAAUUUUAACAUUAAAAUAUGAGUCUUAGAAAUAAAAUACUAUGUUUCUGCUCUUUUUGAAAUAGAUGAUACAGAUGUAUUUAAUGAUAAAACUUUAAGAGCUUGCACUUAAAAUAUAUGAACCAGUUCUUUAAUCAGUUCUUUUUUUCUUUAGAUGUUU